ACACUAAGUUUUGUUUUCGUUUUUCCGCUGUUCGGACGUCUGUCGCGGAAACCCGUUAAAUUGUCGUUACUUUAUAAAAACGAAAUAAUACACAAUUAAUACAAUUAAAAAAAAGUGCUUACUUUGCUUGAAAAUAAACAGUGCUAAAUAUAUUAAAGAAGUUUUAAAAUAAAACUCUUGAAAUUACCACGAAAGAAAAUGGCGGCUCAGCAAACAAUAAAGAGCAGUCGCGCCAACAACAACUGAGCAAGAAAUUCAGCUUAAAAGAAACCAACGAAAAAAAAAUAGCGUCAACAUAUUUCGUCUGCCUGAAAUUAAUCUGGUUUUUAUGUUUUACUCGCGCGUCGCAGACAUAAAAUAAAGACAACAACAAACAGUGAGUGUGUGCGUUUUAUGCCGUUUGUUUGUCUCCUGUUUUUGUGGAAAAAGUAAUAAAAAACGUGAAAUUCAUUAAGCUACAAAAGCAACAAUUACGAGCAUUUUACAUUGUUUACAUUUUGUGUGCCAGCUUUCGUUACGCUUGUGAUUUAUGUGAUUUGUCUAGUGAAAAAGGAGAAGGGGCGGAGAGACCUUAGCCAAAAGCCUGAAAAAUAGUUACUUUUAACUAGUUAAGAGUCGGCGAAGAUACGGCCCAGGCGGCCAGUAGAGGCCCAUAAUAAUCAUGCAUCGUUCGCUGAAGCCGCAUGCAUCUACCGCACAGGCUAAGAAGGUGCAACCGCCAACGAUACCAGGGGAUACGCCGCAGGACUUGCAUCAUUAUCAGCAGCCGCAGCUUCACCAGCAACACCAUCAUCACCAUCCCAGUCACCAGCCGCUGAUACCGCUCUAUCGGCUAAGCGGACCACUGCGACAUCACCAGAAUCACCAGGCGGACGAUGGGAUCAGCAUGAGCGGCAGCAGUAUCGUUUCGUCGCCCUCGCUGGAGGAGGGUGGCUUCAACUUGCCCCGGGAGACGAGUGUGGCUCUUCGUUUGAAGGAUGAAGUGGGUGGCCCAGCGGUAACUUCAUCACCUGGCGGAGGAGGAAGUGGUGGUGGAGCCUCGGUGGUUGGUGGAGUACCACCACCAGGAGCUGGAAAACCAGGAGUUGCCAUGGUACCGCCACCACCCGUUUUCUGUGCCACACUGCGCGAACCGCUAACCCACAAAGCGGCCGUUUACUAUCAUCAGCAGCUGGCCCUGCAGGAGGAUCAGGGCAUCGAUUUGACCCAAUCGCCUGGUCGCGAUUCCCCAGGCUCUUCUUCGGGCUCGGCGGGCUCUGGAUCUCGUCAUAGUACCGCCAGUUUGGAUUCGGGUCGAGCUUCCUCAUACCUGACAGGUGUUUCCUCGUCGGGCGCUUCGAUUCGGGCACCGCUUUCUUCGCCGCGCUGCAGUUCCGUGAGCUCGUGCUCCAUUGGCAGUGUGGAUCGGCAGCGGAACGAUGAACUGAUCAUCGACUGGCUGCUGGAGAUGAAGCACGAGGAGUACGCUCAGCUGUUCAUCGCCGCGGGCUACGAUCUGCCCACCAUUGCGCGCAUGACGCCCGAGGAUCUCACCGCCAUUGGCAUUAAAAAUCCGCAUCAUCGGGAGAGGAUCAAGCAGCGGAUCGACAAGCUACAGGUGCUCGACAAUUUGCCGCAUUUUGUGCCGGGAUCUAUUGAGGAAUGGCUGCAGCUGUUGCGUCUGGAGGAGUAUAUUCAGCCAUUAUUGGAGCAGAACUAUAAGACGGUGCGCGACGUAACCCAAGUAACUUGGGAGGAUCUCGAGGACAUUGGCAUUGUCAAGUUGGGUCAUCAGAAGAAGAUCCUGCUGGCUAUUAAGCGGGUGAAGGACAUCAUUAGCGGAAAGUGGAAUCCAGGUGGCACCAAUGCCUACCAACAGCAGGAGUACCAACGGAAGCCAUGGCAAUUCAAUGUGCCCAUACCAAGUACGCCAUCCUAUGUGCCAACCACUCGCGUCUCGUGGGACGACACGAAAAUCUACGCCACCAGCAGUGUGUUGAAUGCCACUGCCCCGCCUGGGAGCAGCUGCCUGAACAGCAGCCUAACCAAUGGAGAUGCCUACUACUGCACGGGCAGCAAUCAUGAGUGUUGCUCGGGCAACGAUGUGGUGCUCAUUAAGGUGCGCCAGCCGCGCGGUAAGAGCCUGGAAUCGUUGGAGGACAUCCACGACAACAGCACGCGCAGCCAUCUGACCUUCAGCCAUUACACGACCACGGACUACGGCCACUUUGGUCCGCCCACAACGGCAGCAGCUGCGGCUGCAAUGGCCGCGGCCACACUUCAACAGCAGCAGCAACAUCACCACCAACAGCAGCUGCUCCAUCAGCAACAACAGCAGGCCGCUGCUGCCGCCCGACUGCUGGGCAGCAAUCCGCCAGGCAUUGGAUGGCGACGGUCCUAUGACGACGGCGACAUCACACCCACCAACGAUGCUACAAGGGAGCUACUCUACGAGCAGGAAGGCGGUGGCACCCUGCCACGCCAGCAGAGAGGAAUUCUGCAACGAGCGGUGCUGAAUACGAUGCCACCAUUGGAGCACCAUCACUAUAUGAAUGCGGCAGCAGCAGCGGAGUAUGGAGCGGCUAGCGGUGUGGAAGGAGGAGCGACUUAUAUGAGCGGAAGUCCUUUGACGGGCAAGAAGAUAGCUCCAGAGCCACCUAGACGCCACUGCAGCAUACGCAACUCCCGAACGCUGAGCGGAGAAGGAGUGCCAUCGGGAUCGGUUGCGCAGGCGCAUCAACAGGGAGCUCAACAGCAGCCACAAGCGCCGCACAUGUUCUACGGCCACACGGCGCAGCAUUGGCAGCAACAGCAGGCAGGGGCGGGAAGUAGUCAGCAGCCCAUCUAUGCAAACUAUGCCACCAUUCAGCAGACCACGGCGGAGAUACACUGCGAGAAAUAUCACGACAAUAAGUCGACUUCCAGCAUCGAUUCUAUUGACACGAUACCCUUUGCCAACGAGAACACAGGGACGAUCAAGCAGCGUCUGCUCAACCGCCAGGAGCUGCAGGGCGGGGCAGUGGGCACAAACAAUGCUCCCGGCGGCCAUCCCGCCCAUUUACACUCCUCCAGUUCGAGUUCCAGCUCCUCCUCCACGAACACCAUUGCAAACAUAGCGCAUUCGUUCCAUUCGCUGAAAUCUUCCAGUUCGCUGCACGAUGCUACGUUGGCGCGGAGUGAAAGCAUGGGCAGCACGGCCAGCGGUGGAAGUGCCCUGCACCUGCGUUCACCCACUUUGGAUAUGUCCAAUCCUGGAGGAUCAGCCGUGGUUGAGCCAAUAAAUUCACCGGAAUCGGCAGCUCCAGCAGUGCCCAUGAACACAGGCGUUCCGCCAAAAGUUUCGGUGAACGUUCUAAACGACAUUGGCAAUAUGCUGGCCAAUCUCACGGACGAGCUGGACGCCAUGCUUGAGGAGGAGAAGCGAGUGGGCCUCAACAUAGACAGUGAAUAAAUCUCCAAUCAAACAACAAAUCGUAGUGUAGCUGAAUUUUCCGGUAGAAGUUGAGUGGUGUAUCUUGUAAUGUUUUUUAUGUACUUCAACUUAAUUAAGUUCAACUUGUUUUUGUAUUUUUUAUUCCAAUUGCGUAGGAGGAAGCAUUCGCGUUUAGUUGUCUUUUCUAUCAUUUCGAUUUACACAUUGUGUAGUAAAAAAAAAACGUAAACUAAAACUGAAAAGCUUUCGACGAACCAUGUAUACUUUUGUACUUUUCCCAAACUCUCUCGUCCCAUUCCCAUAAGAAAAUAUGAGUGUUAACAAUACAAAAUGAAAAUAUCCAAGUAAACGAAGGAGAAGAAUGGUAAAUGAAGCGCAACAUGCAUAUAUGCAGAACUUGCAUAGUUAUUAUAUAGCAUAAAAUAUAUAUAAUUCUAUAUAUAAAUAAAUAUUUAAACGAAAUCAUUUAUAUGGACAAGUAUUUAGUGGUUUGAUACUAUACGACAGAGAAAAGCAAGAAAUGAACCACGCGGCACCCUCUUAAACACACACUACAAAUCAGAAAAGAACUACUAGAAAUCCCCUUCAGACAAUUUCAAAUUGCAUUUAUCUAUAAUUUGUACUUUUUAUUUCAUUUAAAAAUUUUUUGAAUCAGCCUGCACAGACAUAUUUCUGUUUGUUACGAUUACAACUGAAAUCAAACUAUAUAUGAAUGAAUGUAUAAUUAAGUGUUAUUCCAUACAAAGUAAAAAAAGAUGCAUUAUAUAAAAUAUAAAUCUUAUAUUAGCGGUUAAUUAAGAAAGCAAGAAAAGAAAGUGGAAAACGAAUCCAUCUUUAUAAAUUAUGUUUAAUCGGGCAUUAAUGCUGAAUUCCGUGGUAUACUCUUGAAUUGCCUUCUUCUUUAUAAUUUACACAAAUAAAAAAUUAAUUAGUAAAAAUUUUGAUUUUGAGAGCAUUUUUGAGUUUCUUGUUAAUUGCGCUCAUUUCAAAAUUUGUUUGGUGCGCAUAUCAUUAGAGGAAAUUGGAGUAUUCGAUUAAAAACGCAUAUAAGGAAAAAAGUAAAAGAAUUAAAUACAAAUAAAAUCACAAACAUGUAAAGCACAUAAUGGGCAAAACAAAAAUGAUAAAAAAAAAACAACAAAUAAAAUAAACUUUCAUAGUAAAA